AUGUCUUCACAUACUAAAGACACUAUUUCUUCACAUACUGAGGACACUAUUUCUUCACAUACAGAGAACCCUAUUUCUUUGUAUACUGAGAACUUUACUUCUUUGCAUACUGAGAACUCUACUUCUUUGUAUCCUGAAAAUUCUGUUUCUUCCGGUUCUAAAAUUGAAAAUGAAGAUUCCUGA